AUGAAAUUCGCCUCUGUCUUGGCUGCGCUCGGGGCCCUGACGGCUGCAUCCGCCGUCCAGGUAAAUCCACUUCCCGCCCCCCGUAACAUCACCUGGGGAUCCUCCGGUCCAAUCCAAGUCAAUGACUUGAAUCUGAACGGUCGUCACUCUCCUUUGGUCACUCAAGCUUGGGAGCGAGCAUGGGAAAGCAUCACCACUCUGCAAUGGGUCCCUGCCGCUGUUGAAUCUCCUAUCGCCUCCUAUCCAGCCUUCCCGUCCUCAACCCCUGUCUCCACCCCUGCCUCCAAGGCCAAACGCGCGCCCUCCGCAAUCCAAAACGUCGAUGUCCAUGUGGUGGACAAUGAUGCCGAUCUCCAACACGGCGUGGAUGAAUCCUAUACCCUGGGUGUGGCCAAUGGCGGCAUCAAGAUCAAUGCUCAGACGGUCUGGGGUGUGUUGCACGCCUUCACCACCCUGCAACAGAUUAUCAUCUCGGAUGGCAAGGGCGGUUUGAUCAUUGAACAGCCCGUCAAGAUCAAAGACGCCCCGUUGUACCCUCACCGCGGUAUCAUGAUGGACACAGGUCGCAACUUCAUCACCGUUCGCAAGAUCUUCGAGCAGGUCGACGGUAUGGCCCUGUCCAAGCUCAAUGUUCUCCACUGGCACUUGGACGAUUCUCAGUCGUGGCCCAUGCAGAUGAGCUCCUACCCUGAGAUGACCAAAGAUGCCUACUCGCCUCGCGAAAUCUACACCGAGCACGACAUGCGCCGUGUGAUUGCCUACGCCCGCGCGCGAGGUGUCCGCGUUAUCCCCGAGGUCGAUAUGCCCGGCCACUCCGCCUCGGGCUGGCAACAGGUCGACCCGGAGAUUGUGGCAUGUACCAACUCCUGGUGGUCGAACGACGUGUGGGCGGAGCACACCGCGGUCCAGCCAAACCCCGGCCAGCUCGAUAUUAUCUAUCCCAAGACCUAUGAAGUUGUCAACAAUGUCUACCAAGAAUUGUCUCGCAUCUUUAGCGACAACUUCUUCCACGUUGGUGCUGACGAGAUCCAGCCCAAUUGUUAUAACUUCAGCACCCAUAUCACCCAGUGGUUUGCCGAGGAUCCCUCGCGCACCUACAACGACCUUGCUCAGUACUGGGUUGACCACUCCAUGCCUAUCUUCCGUAGUGUCGGUGACCACCGUCGCCUCAUGAUGUGGGAGGAUAUAACCAUCGCGACUGAAAAGGCCCACGACGUGCCCAAAGACGUCAUCAUGCAGACCUGGAACAGCGGCGAUGGUAACAUCAAGAAGCUCACCUCGGCCGGCUACGACGUCGUUGUUUCAACCUCCGAUUUCCUCUACCUCGACUGCGGCCGUGGUGGCUCUGUCACCAACGAUCCCCGCUACAACGUGCAGAGCAACACUGCUGGUGGCGUAAACUUCAACUACGGCGGCGACGGUGGCUCCUGGUGCGCCCCCUACAAGACCUGGCAGCGUAUCUACGACUACGAUUUCCUCACGAAUCUCACUGCCUCCGAAGCGAAGCACAUUAUCGGCGCCGAGGCUCCUUUGUGGUCGGAGCAGAUCGACGAUGUGACCAUCUCCAGCGCGUUCUGGCCUCGCGCUGCUGCUCUGGGUGAGCUUGUCUGGUCUGGUAACCGUGAUGCUGUGGGUAGAAAACGUACCAACAACCUCACUCAGCGUAUUCUGAACUUCCGUGAAUACCUCGUUGCCAAUGGUGUGAUGGCUACUGCUCUUGUGCCGAAGUAUUGUCUGCAGCACCCUCAUGCUUGCGACCUUUAUAAAAACCAAACUGUAAUGUCUUGA